GCGGAUGUUGAUAAUAAUCAGCCGGAGUUGGAGGUUGUGGCGGCGUGGGGUCCUCUUUCUUUCAAUUUUUCAAAUUCUAAAAAAUUUCCCAAUUCUCCCUCUCCCUCUGCUUCCUUCUCCUCCACCGCUCCCUCGAUGCGCCCAGAUUCUCCUGUUGCAGCCCUUAGCUCCGUGGUGUAUGCUCGCAUGUAAUUAUAUUCAUAUUCAUCGAAAUGUCCCUCCUCAGUAGGUUUUUUUACAGAAGACCCCCAGAUGGGUUGCUGGAAUUUGUUGAACGAGUGUAUAUUUUUGAUUCGUGCUUCUCCACUGAAGUGUUACCCGAUGGUAUGUACCAAAUAUAUCUGCAUGGGAUUGUCAACGAAUUACAUGAAGAAUUCCCAGACUCUUCCUUCCUUGCAUUUAAUUUUCGUGAAGGGGAGAAAAGGAGCCAGUUUUCAGAAAUGUUGUGUGAAUAUGAUGUCACUGUGAUGGAUUAUCCUCGACAAUAUGAAGGUUGCCCUCUUCUUCCACUGUCCUUGAUACAGCACUUCCUCCGUGUUUGUGAGAGCUGGCUUCUGCUUGGUAAUCAACAAAAUAUCAUUCUUCUCCACUGCGAGAGGGGAGGUUGGCCACUCUUAGCUUUCCUUUUGUCUAGCUUUUUGAUUUAUAGAAAAUUGCACAGUGGUGAGAGGAAAACUCUUGAAAUUGUACAUCGAGAAGCCCCCAAAGGGUUUUUGCAGCUCUUGUCACCAUUAAAUCCGUUCCCAUCUCAGCUUCGCUACUUGCAAUAUGUUGCAAGGAGAAAUAUAGUCUCAGAGUGGCCACCGCCCGAGCGAGCACUUUCUUUAGAUUGUGUAAUUCUUCGUGGCAUUCCGGGUUUUGAUUCUCAGAAUGGAUGCAGACCUGUAAUUCGUAUUUUUGGGAGGAAUCUUUUCAGCAAGGGUGGGCUUUCCACACAGAUGAUUUUCUCCAUGCCCAAGAAGAACAAGACCCUCCGUCACUACCAUCAGGCAGAUUGCGAUGUGAUUAAAAUAGAUGUGCAGUGUUUGGUUCAAGGAGAUGUAGUGUUGGAGUGUUCACAUUUGGAAUUGGAACAAGAAAGGGAAGUCAUGAUGUUUCGUAUUAUGUUCAAUACAGCAUUUAUCAGAUCAAACAUACUGAUGCUGAACUCUGAAAAUUUGGACAUUCUUUGGGAUUCAAAGGAGCGGUAUCCAAAAGGCUUUCGAGCUGAGGUUUUGUUUGGGGAGAUAGAAAGCAUCUCUCCUGCAAGGGCUCCGAUCACAAUUUUGAAUGGUGAAGAGAAAGGUGGAUUGCCAAUUGAAGCUUUUUCUAGAGUCCAAGAACUUUUUAGUGGUGCCGACUGGAUUGAUAGCAAUGAUGAUGCUGCCUUGUGGCUACUCAAGAAUCUUUCUGUCUUGAGUGAUGUGAAAGAACUGUCAAGAUUGCAAAAUAGAACAAGUUCAUAUUCCUCCCCUGUGGAUUCUGAAGAGGAAAAUUAUACGUCUAGCACUGCCGAUAGUUCGGAUGAAAUAUUUGAUAUUAUUACAAAGCCUGCUAUUGUAGAUUCUUCUGAAUUAUUGUCUGGUAAAAUUAGUGCUAAUGAAGUGAAUAUUUCAUCAGAAUCUCCUCAAACUCUUGAUGAAGAUUCAGAUAAGGUUUUCUUGGUUAAAGAAUCUCUACCCUCUUCAUCACCUCCACCCGUUUCUUUUGGUUCCUUGGCCCCGCCCCCUCCUAUGAGUUCUUCUCUAAUGCCUCUACCAAAUCUACCAUUUACUAAUGCUAGUGAGGAACUUGUCUCAGAUAAACCGACACCCACUAUUAAAGUGAUUCCUCCACCUCCACCACCGCCUCCUUCUCUAUCUCACAAUGAAUCUCAUGUGGAAACUUCCACGAGCUCUAAUUCUACCUUCCAA